GCCGCCGUUGUUGUAGUGACCGGGAAGCGCCCGCACUCCGGGCUGACGGUUCCGGGCGCCGCACGGUCCCCCCCCCCACCCCCCUUGUCCCUACCCUUCCCUGCUCCCCCAAGGCCCCGGGUGCCGUCCGCUCCCCGCAUGGCCUCCGGCCCGGAGGAUCCGAUUCUGGAACGUUAUUUUAAAGGUCACAAAGCUGCGAUCACCUCCGCUGACUUCAGCCCCAACUGCAAACAAAUUGCUACUGCUUCCUGGGACACCUUUCUCAUGCUAUGGAGUUUGAAGCCACACGCUAGAGCUUACAGAUACGUGGGCCACAAGGAUGUUGUGACCAGUCUGCAGUUCUCUCCACAAGGAAACUUAUUAGCCUCUGCCUCGAGAGAUAAAACCGUUAGACUCUGGGUUCUUGACAGGAAAGGAAAGUCUUCAGAAUUUAAAGCACACACAGCCCCAGUUCGAAGUGUGGACUUUUCAGCUGAUGGCCAGUUUCUGGUUACAGCAUCUGAAGACAAAUCCAUUAAAGUAUGGAGUAUGUACCGUCAGCGCUUCCUCUACUCCCUGUACCGACACACACACUGGGUACGCUGCGCCAAAUUUUCACCCGACGGGAGAUUGAUCGUGUCAUGUAGUGAGGAUAAAACUAUUAAAAUCUGGGACACUACAAGCAAGCAGUGUGUUAAUAACUUCUCGGACUCCGUAGGAUUUGCAAAUUUUGUGGACUUUAGCCCUAAUGGUACAUGCAUAGCUUCAGCGGGUUCUGAUCACGCUGUGAGAAUCUGGGAUAUAAGAAUGAACAGAUUACUUCAACACUAUCAAGUUCACAGCUGCGGUGUGAACUGUCUGUCCUUCCAUCCUUCGGGUAACAGCCUUGUCACUGCCUCGUCUGACGGAACAGUUAAGAUUCUGGAUCUCGUAGAGGGAAGACUCAUAUACACACUUCAAGGACAUACGGGGCCCGUCUUUACUGUUUCAUUCUCCAAGGAUGGAGAGUUAUUCACAUCCGGUGGUGCAGAUGCACAGGUCUUAGUAUGGAGGACCAGCUUCAAUCAAGUGCACUAUCGAGAUCCUAGUAAACGAAACCUCAAAAGACUGCACCUUGAGGCCUCCCCACACCUUCUUGACAUCUACCCACGAACACCACAUGGCCAUGAAGACAAAAGGGAGACGAUUGAAAUCAAUCCAAAACUUGAGGUAAUGGACUUGCACAGUUCUUCUCCCCCAGUUGUGGAUGUCCUUUCUUUUGAUUCAACCACAACAGCGGAUUCCACCUGUCGAGCUGUGCCAGGCAAGGGUGAAGACAUCUGUAGGUAUUUCUUGAACCCUUUGUUAAUGCCAGAAUGUUCAUCAACAAUCAUGAAAAAGAAACCAGAAGAUGUAGGUGACCCGCCCUCUGAAAACCAGAGAAGUGUACCGCUAGCCGUGGCUGACGCUCUGGAGCAUAUUAUGGAACAACUGAACAUUCUCACCCAGACUGUUUCCAUUCUAGAGCAACGACUGUCUUUGACCGAAGAUAAGCUGAAAGACUGCCUUGAGAAUCAGCAAAAGCUUUUCAGUGUCAUCCAACAGAAGAGCUGAGCAGGAGGUGUGCAAGCUCAGGCUGGUCCCUGAAGACGUACUCACACACUCAGGACGUUGCAGAGGCCCUCCCUCCACACCCUGCCAUGCACUGAUCACUGUAGAUUCUUCAGGGGUGAGCAACAGAACAAAGGUUCAAGUCAUUUGUAAGGACUGACUUAAACACACAAAUCACUAUCAAGGAUCAAGUUAAGCUCCUCCCAGGUACAAUUGCAGUAAUAAAGUUAUGAACAUUUAAAUCACCCCAUUCCCCCUCCCCCAUGUUGUUUGAAAUGUCAGCUUCUAUUUAAUGUGCCAAUCCUCACCAGGAAAGUAAGCAGACCUCUAGAUCUCAUUGUUAAAUCAUUUCCAAGUGACCAUGUUCAGGCAAUUCCUGAAGGUAAUUAGUGUUAUUUCUUAGGUGAGCACACCCUUGAGGGGAAAGCAUUCGCUUGCUUUCAAAUAGCAUCUGAGAUGUAGAAAACCUGUCAUUGAGUUGGCUCAUAGUUCUUUCAGGUCAAAAAAAAAAAACAAUCUGCCUCGAAAAGAUGCUCCCUCAGAAUUUCCACAGCAAGAAUCAGCUUAUUUUGAUUAGCAAGAGUGCUUACAUGACAGAGCAGGCGUGUUCCUCGUCUGAUGGGAACUGCAUGAGGCAUUUGUGUCUCUCCUGUUACAGGUGAACGCACUGAGCGGUCUGGGUCAUACUGAACCUGUGACCACAGUCCAUAGAGAUUAUGUUUGUGUGGUGUCAGUGUGCUAAAAAGCCAAAAUGAUAAAAAAUAUGUGGAUAUACACGAAUCGCAUACUGUUGCUUAGGGUGAUCCUGGUGGCUGAAAUAGCACAUUUUUAUUUAGAAAAAGAUUGCAACAUCUAUUUUAUUUUAAUGAAUUGUGAUUUGAAAUGAAAACGAGUCAGGCAUUCUGAAAGAUCUUGGUUACAAGUUGAGAAUGUUUCUCUAUCUCAAACAAAAUGGGAAUCAAAGUAAAAAAGAGCAAAUUCAGGGGUUGGGGAUUUAGCUCAGCGGCAGAGCACUUGCCUAGCGAGCGCAAGGCCCUGGGUUCAGUCCCCAGCUCUGAAAAAAAGAAAAAAAAAAGAAAAAAAAAAAAAAAAGAGCAAAUUCAAGGCAGCCAGCUCGGGGAGAACGAAGGCCACGCAGGGCUGUGUAGCCAGGGCAGAUGCCAUCUGUGCACGGAAAACGGAGAGACAGCGGCGUGGGGAUGGAGAGACUGUUCUCCAAGCAGUCUCAGUUGUGUGCCUCUGAGCUGGUUUUGUCUUCCGUCUCGCUGUGUGUUGUAAGUGCCCUCUCUGUCCUGCGACUGUGACCGUCUUGACAUUUUCACGAGCUCACAAUACCAAGUGGCCAUGUAUUUUUAUACCUUCGUUGAGAAGAUUGCAUAAGAAAAUGAAAUGUAAUACCAACUUUUGUUUACUCUUUUUUAUGCUUCAAAUAAAGAUACUUCUCUUUUUUAAA